UCCUCUACACCAGCAAACGAAUAGCACACUGUGAGAGCAUCCCUUGUUCCGCUCACACUGCCAAAACACCAGCACAAUCUCACACCCAUAGAGGUCUAGCCAUGGAGGUCGCCAUGCUGGCCAUCCGUCCCCUCCUCCCGAAGCUGGGGAGCCUGCUCGCAGGCGAGUUCACCUUGGAGAAGCGCGUGAGGGAAGGCAUCGACACCCUCAACAGGGAGCUGAAGCUGAUGCAUGCCGCCCUCGGCAAGGUGGCCAAAGUGCCGCCGGAUCAGCUCGACGAGGGGGUCAAGAUCUGGGCAGGAAUGGUGAGGGACUUGGCCUACCACAUGGAGGACAUCGUCGACACCUUCAUGGUGCGCGUCUAUGAUGGAUCUUCCAACCCGAAGAACAGAGUGAAGAAGUUACUCAAGAAGACAGGCAGAUUAUUUAGUAAGGGUAAAGAUCACCAUCGAAUCUCCGAUGCUCUAAAACAAGCGGUUGCUCAGGCUGAACAGUUGGCUGAGCAGCACCAAAGGUACGAGGUGGAGACGCCAGACACCGGCCCUGGUAUUAGCAUUGAUCCUCGCAUCAAGGCUAUGUACACAGAUGUGACAGAGCUCAUUGGCAUCGAAGAACCACGAGAAGAGUUGAUCAACAUGUUACUUCAGGGUGAUGAUUGGUCGAAUAAUCCAUUGAAGACGGUCUCAAUUGUUGGAUUUGGCGGGUUAGGCAAGACGACUCUUGCCAAAACAGUGUAUGACAAGAUCAAAGUGAAAUUUGAUUGUCGUGCCUUUGUGUCGGUUUCUCAGAAUCCCGACAUAAAGAAAAUAUUGAAGGAUAUUCUUUUUGGGCUUGACAAGGACAAGUAUGCAAAGAUAUAUAAUGUAUCACGAGAAGCAAGCCAUCUCAUAGACGAACUCAUUGAAUUCCUCAAUGACAAAAGGUAUCUCAUCAUAAUUGAUGACAUAUGGGAUGAAGAAUCAUGGGAAAUAAUCAAGCUUUCUUUCUUCAAGAAGAGUCUCGGAAGUCGAUUAAUCACGACAACCUGCAAUGUCAAUGUCGCUAAAGCAUGUUGCACUUCUACUGAUGAUAUUUAUAGAAUGAAACCUCUUUGUGAUGAUGUCUCAAGAAGGCUCUUCUGCAAAAGAGUAUUUUCUCCCAGUGAAGGAUGUCCUCAUGAGUUGUCGGAAGUAUCUCAACACAUCUUGAAGAAAUGUGGCGGAAUACCAUUAGCCAUUAUCACUAUAGCAAGUCUUCUGGCUAAUAAUCACCGGAUGAAAACAAAGGACCACUGGGAUGCCGUGCUCAACUCCAUUGGCCGUGGACUCACAGAAGAUCGCAAUGUAAAGGAGAUGAAGAAGAUAUUAUUAUUCAGCUAUUAUGAUCUACCUUCUUAUCUUAAGCCAUGCUUAUUGUAUCUCAGUAUCUUUCCAGAAGAUCAUCUGAUUAUGAGACGCCAGCUGAUAUUGAAAUGGAUAUCUGAAGGUAUCGUUUAUAGUGAAGAAGAAGAGACUAGCUUAUAUGAGCUCGGUGACAGCUACUUCAAUGAGUUAGUAAACAGAAGUAUGAUACAGCCGAUAGGUAUUGAUGAGGAAGAGAAAGUAGAAGCUUGCCGCUUCGUCAUCUCAGUCUAAGCGUUGAUGGAUAUGGGUCCCGACCUGGGCUGGUGGUAACGGAAAUGGAAAAGUCUGUUGUUACUGCUGAUGCAUUUCCAUGUGUUGAAGUGUGCUGCUUCCAUGGUAUCUAAAUUUCCACGAGGAGCCGCACCAAGGCUUAAAGGACUUCACUUGUGGUUCCCAGCUAGGUGGAUCGUCCGUGGCGACAAUGAUUUGAGCAUGGGGCACCUCCCGUCCCUCAAGGAAGUCUGGGUUUGCCUUUUGCAUAGGGAAGCCAGCGAUGAGGUGGUGGAGGAAGCAGAUGCGGCUCUAAACUAUUGACGCCGAAUUCGCAUCAGCUGACUGAUGUGCAGCUAAACUGAAUAGGAUUGAAUUCCCGUUUUCUGCAACUAGUGCUCCCAAGUGCCCAUUCCUCUCUCCGGAUUUCUGCAACUAGUGUUUUUCAUUCCUUACUUUUCAUAGUGUUCAGUAAUCAUUUCCCCACUUUUUUCUUCUUCAUUUUCAGGUGGAUCAAGGGCUCGAUUCAUCUUUUCCUGCAGCAUCAUCAGGUGGGAGGAGCUAACUGCAGAUUAGUUUCGUCGACGUCUACGACUCGACCGCUUCGAUGAAGAAUCGGACGAUGAGGGUCUACAGCACUACGUUUGAUCCGUCUUCCUUGCGCAGCGAACGAGAUGAAGCGCUCAUUAUGUUUGUCCGCUCAUGUCCGAAUUCCCUUCUUGCUCCCGGCAGGCAAUUCAGGAACCACCAAGUUUGUAGGGCAUUUUGCCCAUGAUGAUGAAUUAUUGCAGCUGGCUGGUUUGCCUAUUAAUCCUUCGCUGCCCUGCUUGAUUUGUUCCUAGCAGCUUAAUUUUAGACUCUAUGCUGAUUUGUUUCUAGCAGCUUAAUUUCAGACUCGAUGCCCCGUUCAGUUUGUACGAUGAUUUUGUAAACUUUCACCUUAUAUUUGUCAUGUUGGUUCGAUAAAACGAAAUAAA